AUGCCGGGAGAUGGCGAACAAGAAGAAAUCCAUAAUCAACAUGGUGCUGACUAUGCAGAUGGAGUGAUACGUCAGAGAGAAGGCUCCUUACUGGGUCCGGCUUUCAUUGUGGUAGCUUUCAGUACUGGUCCUGAACUUCCAGAUGCUUCUUCGAUGAAUGGUCUUCAGAAUAGGGAAUAA